AAUAUUGAUAAUUCCCACAACCCCAACAACUCGAACUCGAUUUCCAUUCCUCAGUCCUCACUCCCUAAUUCCCAUGUCCAGCGAUCGCCACCAAUUCCUCCUCUUCCUUCCCAUCCUCCCCCUCUUUCUCCUCUUUCUCCUCCUGAAAUGGAGAGCCCAUCGCGGGACGACGACUUCCCUCCCUCCCGCAGUCGGUGGCGGGUGGCCCCUCGUCGGCCACACCUUCGCCUACCUCGCCCCGCACCCGGCUACCUCCGUCGGCGGGUUCAUGACCCGCAGCCUCGCACGCCACGGGCCCAUCUUCCGGUCGAUGAACCUGUUCGGCGAGCCCACCGUCGUGUCGGCCGACGCCGGCCUGAACCGGUUCGUCCUCCAAAACGAAGGCAAGCUGUUCGAGUGCUGCUACCCCCGCAGCAUCGGCGGCAUCCUCGGCAAGUGGUCCAUGCUGGUGCUGGUCGGCGACAUGCACCGCGAAAUGCGCACCAUCUCCCUCAACUUCAUGAGCCACGCCCGCCUCCGGUCGCUGCUCCUCCCGGAGGUGGAGCGCCACACUCUGCUCGUCCUCCGGUCGUGGCCGGAGGACCGCCCCUUCUCCGCCCAAGAAGAAGCCAAGAAGUUUACAUUCAAUUUGAUGGCGAAGAACAUCAUGAGCAUGGGCCCGAACGAAGCAGAGACAGAGAAGCUGAGGCGGGAGUACAUAACGUUCAUGAAGGGAGUGGUUUCCGCUCCGCUAAAUUUCCCCGGAACUUCAUACUGGAAAGCCUUGAAGUCGCGGUCAAACAUUCUGAGAGUAAUCGAGCAGAAAAUGGAGGAGAGAAUGAUGGCAGAUACUACUGAUAAAUGUAAAAAGGAGGCGGGGGAAGAAGAAGAAGAAGAAGAUUUGCUGGGUUGGGCUCUAAAUCACUCAAAUCUGUCCAAAGACCAGAUUCUUGAUCUGCUGCUCAGCUUGCUCUUUGCCGGCCAUGAAACCUCCUCCAUGGCCCUCGCCUUAGCUAUUUAUUUCCUGCAGGACUGCCCCAAAGCCGUUGAUCAACUAAGGGACGAACACAGGGAGAUCGCACUGAGGAAGAAGGAAAGAGGAGAGACGAGAUUGAACUGGGAAGACUACAAGCAGAUGGAGUUCACCCAAUGCGUCAUAAGUGAGACCCUGAGACUCGGCAAUGUUGUGAGGUUUGUGCAUAGAAAGGUUCUCCAAGACGUGCACUACAAAGGGUACAAAAUCCCCUCUGGUUGGAAAAUUCUCCCGGUGUUCGCGGCGGUGCACUUGGAUGCUUCGCUGUACGACGACCCCCACAAAUUCGACCCCUGGAGAUGGCAGAGUGCCAAAACGACGGGCAGCAACUUCAUGGCCUACGGCGGCGGCCCCCGUCUGUGCGCCGGGUCUGAGCUUGCGAAGCUGGAGCUAGCUGUCUUCCUCCACCAUCUCGUGCUCAGUUUCCAGUGGGACCUGGCGGAGCCCGAUCAAGCUUUUGCCUUCCCCUUCCUUGACUUCCCAAGAGGACUCACAAUCAAAGUCCACUCCGUACUCUACGUUUGACUUUGGGUAUCAACAGUUCGGGCUCAAUGAAGGUCAGUGAUACAUGUACAGUCCACAUGAAUUAUAUGCAUACGGAUGAUAAAUGGCUAAAAUUACUUUGCUGUGAUUAAGAAUUGUAAUGGUUUCACUGUACUUUUUGGAAUUUAACUUUUCUCAUAAUAUUUUUUC